GGGCGGGGCUACGAAGUUGUAAACGCGCAAGACAAGUUACUUAGGGAGGUAUGUGUAUAUAUAAGUGCGUGUGUUUUCUUUUAGCAUCAGAACGCACUUAGGUGAGUAAUGUCGUUCCGGAAAAGUGCCAGCUUGACAGGGUUUAAUGGCUGCUUUAGACGACUGCAGAUGUCGCGUGCGAGGCAGACGGAAGCUGUUCAUCACCAAAAGGCGCUCGCGCAUUUCCGUGGUGAGGGUCACGCGUUGUCUGGCACCGACAUCCACGUUGACUUCGAGCAGACUAAAGAGGCCUACAAGAGCAAAGGCACUGCGGAGCUACUCAGAGGUCUGAUAGUCCUGAAACUCUGCUCCUAUGACUUCCUUGUGGAUAAAAAUAAAGAGAUAAUGGACCUGAGCAAGAAGCUGCUGGGUCAGAGGUUGUUUGAGAAACUGAUGAAAAUGACAUUCUACGGUCAGUUUGUGGCAGGAGAAGAUCAUCAAUCCAUCAAACCCCUAAUUCGGAAGAACAGGGCUUUCGGAGUGGGAGCCGUGCUGGACUACUGCGUGGAGGAAGACCUGACGAAGGAAGAUUCUGAGACAAAAGAAAUGGAAUCGUGUGCGUCAGUGUCAGAAAAAGAAAACCCUGCCCAUCGCAGGGACGGUGUAACGAGCCCUCACACGUAUUUCUACGACGACGAAGUCAAAUGUGACCAGCACAUGGAGACGUUUCUCAAGUGCAUCAUGGCAUCAGGUGGAAGUUCAGAGGACGGUUUCUCUGCCAUUAAGAUGACCGCACUGGGACGCCCACAGUUCCUGCUGCAAUUUUCUGAGGUGCUGAUGAAAUGGAAACGUUUCUUCAGCCUCCUGGCGACGCAGCAGGGGAAAGACGGCCAAGAGGUGCUGGAGAGGAAACUGGACCUCGAGCAGCUGCAGACUUUUCUGAAACAGAUGGGAGGCAAAGGCGACAUCCAGGACUGGUUCACCAACGAGAAGCUGUGCUCGUCAGGCACCAUCGACAUUCUGGACUGGAACAGUCUGAUCGACGAAAGGAACAAGAUAUCAGAUCUUCUCAUGGUGCCCAACCUUGAGACGGGCCAGCUGGAGCCUUUGCUGAAAAAAUUCACUGAGGAAGAGGAGAAGCAGAUGAAGAGGAUGCUUCAGAGAGUUGAUGUACUUGCUAAACAAGCGGUACAGAACAGUGUGAGGUUGAUGGUAGAUGCAGAACAAACUUAUUUACAACCUGCCAUCAGCCACCUGACUUUGGAGACGCAGCGCAUAUUUAACCGAGACAAACCGGUCGUCUUUAACACCUACCAGUGUUAUCUGAAGGAAGCCUACGUGAACGUGUGCAUGGACGUAGAGCUGUCGAAGAGAGAGGGCUGGUGUUUCGGAGCUAAGCUCGUACGGGGUGCGUACAUGCAACAAGAGAGGAGUCGAGCUCAGGAGCUCGGCUACGAAGAUCCCAUCAACCCGGAUUACGCAUCCACAAGCCGGAUGUACCACAGGUGUUUGGACUACGUGCUGGAGGAAAUCGACAGGAACAGGAAAGCCAGUGUCAUGGUGGCGUCACACAACCUAGACAGCGUGAAACACACGAUCCAGAGGAUGAAUGAAAUGGGACUUGCACCGACUGACAGAAAGGUGUAUUUCGGUCAGCUGCUUGGGAUGUGUGACCAGAUCAGCUUUCCGUUAGGUCAGGCAGGUUUCCCAGUGUACAAGUACGUACCGUACGGACCGGUGAACGAGGUGAUCCCGUACCUGUCCCGACGUGCCCAGGAGAACCGAGGCAUUAUGAAAGGAGCACAGAUGGAGCGCAGUCUGUUGUGGAAAGAGCUCAAACGCAGACUCACCAGCAGAGAACUGUUCCACUCGCCUUCUGUGUAAAAGACACACACUCUUAUUUGCGCUUUACUCAGGAGACCUCCUCUGUCUAGGCCUGUUCUAAGUUAGACACCUACGGAGCUACUGAAUAAACUUCAGGCGCAUCUCGGGGGGAUUUAACCACGUCUGUUUUUUCUUCACCUCCUCUCUAUCCUGCCUUAUUUUCUCAAUUGUUACAGAGAAAGAAAAAAAAAACCAUGAUCCAUGAAUCGUAUGAGUUUUUUGUGCGGUUGUAUAAAAUGAAUUAACGAUGUCACGGUGUGAUGAAGAGCCGUCGCUGCUAUUUUGACAAUUUCAGCAUGAAAUUUUUUAAUGAUAGACUUUUUAUCAAUUUACAGUUACAGUUAAUGCUGUGGCACAUAAUACAUGUUACUUCCAGUGUUCGCUUACGCUACAACAAACUGUCCUUACUUUACCAUGAUAGGUGCAUGUAGCUUGUCAUGUUGCCUUGCACUGAAACUGGAGACUCCUUCCAACAAAUGUUAGUCUCCUUAAAAAAACUUAUAACACUUUACCGUAUAGUUGUUGCUAUAGUAACAGAAACGUAUUAGAACAUUUAAAUAAAUGUGUGAUUUGAGUGAUUUGCAGCUGAAAUCACUGACAGAGCUGCUGUUAUAGAAAAUUAAUAAACAACUUCUCACCAAUCAGAA